AGGCCUCAAGGCCAGCCAGGCAGGGCUUGUUUUUCCAGAAUGAAAGGCCCAGGAGGAGCUGGGGGUGGGGUGUGGAGACAAGUCCUGAUUCCAGUUUGGAAAGAGGGCUCCGCCUACCAGAGCCUGGAUCCUGCUGCUGAGGAAAUGGUCCGUUAGAUUGGGGGUGGGGCGUCCUCACAGUCCUGUUUCCUCCCAGCCGGUCCUACCUGCUGUCACCCCUCAUUCCUUCUUGCUGCCGCAUCAGCAGCCUCCUCCCCUUGCCUGGAGCCCAGGAGUCUGGCUGAGCUGGGCUCCUUGCUUGUCUGAGAACUUGGGGACCAGGGCAGGGUUCAAGAGUGAGACUCUAGCCCACCAGGGCCUGGGACCUGUGACCAUAAUUCAGUCCAAAUGGGCAGUCCAAAAAUGCACCGUGGGUUUUGCGGUUGUUCAGUGGAUUUUUCCUUUCUUUUUCUUGAGGUUUGCUUAACUAGAAAGAGUGGGUUUGGUACACAGUGCAUGCUCUGUUAUUUCACAUUUGUUUACGUGACUUUGUAAGUUUUCCCAGAGCUUCAAAUUUGUGCCUUCUGUUGGGAAGGCUUCCAUACCCCCCUUCCUUCCCUCUCCUCCAGGAGGAGAGGGCGAUGCUCCCGGGAGCAGUGGACCUGGGUCUGGGUGGCGGGCAGAUAGGGUGGGGGCACCCGGACAGGGGACCCUGGUCCCUGCCGCUCAUCUCCCUGGCAGCUUUCUGGGUGCUGAAGCUGACUGAUAGACCGUGGUGCCCAUCAUGCUGCCAGGAGGGAGCCCCUGCACCCCCAGGGUCUGCACUAUUCUUGUCCCCGCCUCACAACUGAAAAAAUGGAGCCCCAAGGGUCACCACACAGCCAGUAGGAAGAGCUGGUGGCCAGGGAGCCUGGGCCUUUCUGCUGGCCUGCAGGGGGUUGGGGGGAAUGUCUUGGUUGGGGUCCCCCUAUAGAGUGCAGGUGAGGAGAUGCUCCCCCCAGAACCCUAGACCUGCAGUGGCCCCAGUGGGGAUCUGUCACAAACACCCACAAGGUAUCUGAGGCCAUGCCCUCAGGUCCCCGCCCCUCCAGGGCUGGGCUGGUGCCCCCUUCUCCAGGACCCAAGCCAGAGUGAUUCCCCUCACCCUCUGGGACACAGUGGCCAAGGCCCCAACCCCUCCCACGAGGCCAGCCAAGUACUGGGGGAGGCCAAGGGGCCGGGCAGAAGCAGAGGGGGCGGUCUGCAGACUGUCGGCCAGCCCAGGGCUCCGUGAUGUCAUGGCGGGUGCUGAGGAGCGGGAGGAGGAGGGGGCCGGGCUGUUUUUCUGCAGAGUUUGAGACCAAGUGAGACAAAGCGCCGGGCCAGGCGGGCGCCAUGGAGCUGCGGGCCUGGGUCCUGCUCUGGAGACUUGUGCUUCUGCAGAGUUCUGCCGUCCUUCUGUCCUCAGGGCCAUCUGGGCCCGCGACCUCCGACAGCUCCGUGGUGUCCGAGUCCGCAGUAAGCUGGGCAGCAGGCGCCCGGGCGGUGCUGCGCUGCCAGAGCCCGCGCAUGGUGUGGACCCAAGAUCGGCUGCACGACCGCCAGCGCGUCGUCCACUGGGACCUCAGCGGCGGCCAGGCUGGCGGCCGCGCGCGCCGACUGGUGGAUAUGUACUCUGCGGGCAAGCAGCGCGUGUACGAGCCGCGCGACCGCGGCCGCCUCCUGCUGCCUCCCUCCGCCUUCCAAGAUGGCAACUUCUCGCUGUUCAUCCGAGCGGUGGAGGAGACUGACGAGGGGCUGUACACUUGUAAUCUUCACCACCAUUACUGCCACUUCUACGAGAGCCUGGCCGUGCGCCUCGAGGUUACCGACGACCCCCGGGCCGCCGGCGCGCACUGGGACGGCGAGAAAGAGGUGCUGGCUGUGGAGCGUGGCGCGCCUGCGCUGCUGACGUGUGUGAACCGCGCGCACGUGUGGACCGACAAACACGUGGAGGAAGCGCAGCAGGUUGUGCACUGGGACCGCCAGCUGCCUGGGGUGCCGCACGACCGUGCGGACCGCCUGCUCGACCUUUACGCGUCCGGCGAGCGUCGCGCCUACGGGCCGUCCUUCCUGCGCGAUCGCGUGGCGGUGGAGGCGGACGCGUUCGCGCGCGGCGACUUCUCGCUGCUCAUCGACCCGCUGGAGCCGGCAGACGAGGGCACUUACUCCUGCCACCUGCACCACCACUACUGCGGCCUGCAUGAGCGCCGCGUCUUCCACCUGAGAGUCACCGAGCCAGCCGCCCGGCCGCCCCCGCCCCCGCGAGACUCCCCGGGCAAUGGCUCCAGCCACAGCGGCGCGCCCGGCCCAGGUGCAGGAGAUCCCACGCUGACGCGAGGCCGCAGCGUCAUCAACGUCAUCGUCCCCGAGGGCCGGGCCCACUUCUUCCAGCAGCUGGGUUAUGUGCUGGCCACCCUGCUGCUCUUCAUCCUGCUGCUCAUCACGGUCGUUCUGGCCACCCGGCAGCGCCGCCGUGGAGGCUAUGAAUACUCCGACAAGAAGUCCAAGUCAAAGGGGAAAGACAUGAACAUGGCAGAGUUUGCUGUGGCCUCCGGGGACCCGGCUCUUUACAGGAGUGAGGACAUUCGACUAGAUUACAAAAACAACAUCCUGAAGGAGAGGGCUGACCUGGCUCACAGCCUCCCACCUGCCAAGAACAUCGACUUGGACAAAGAGUUCAGGAAGGAGUACUGCAAAUAAGGCGACUCCAGGCUCCUGGCUGGGCCAGCAGCUCUGCCAACUCUUGUCUGUCUGCCUUGGAGGACUCUUCCUGACCCCCAUGCAGCUCACCUGGCCCCCCUUCCAGCGGCUGGUCCCGCUGUCCAGGAACUUGGCCUGGACUGGUGCAGAGUGAGGCUGCCUCCAGGCCCUCAGGACCACAUAGUCUUCCGACACGCUUGUGGGCUCCCUGGAAUCUGCCAGUGCUGCAGCCCGCCCCUUCAGCAGCCCUCACCAGGUGCCCUUCUCCCCUCACGUGGCCAAGACCCUGCUGAUGUUCACCAGUUCCUCAGGCUCUCCUGGCCUCUGCACACCAGGGGCUGGGAGCCCCACCUCUGCAGGGGUGCGGGCAGGACAGGCUCAGUGGGGACUCUUGGGGUCUGGGUCAGCCUCAGGGCUGGCAGUCCUACCUUCCUCAGGAGAGCUGCCUGCUGGCUCCCCUCGACUGCACCCCCCGUUACCCCGCCAGACUGUGGCGGGCUCUGCAUGGCAACCCAAAGCCUAUGCAUUCCAGGCCUGGGGCUAGUGUCUCUUUGCACUGCGUCUGGCCACCUGGGGCCACCUCUCUGCUUACCCUGCUCCAGCCCCGUUUCCAACAAGCUGCCUUGACAGUCACUGGGCUCCACGUGACUUCUGACCUUGACCCCCUUCUCUCAGCCCUUCCCUGGGCUGGAGUCCAGGGACGAGGCCUCAUUGACUCUGUUUUGGCUGAGGACCGGAGGAUGGUGUCAAGAUGGUCUUAGAGUGGCCAGUGCUGCCACUCCCAACACCCCACACUUGCUCAUCCUGGGGAAUUGCUAUAGUCUCAAUAAAGACCACAUCGAUUUUAGACCUGG